AUGGGUAGCCCAGAGCAGCAGGGGGAUCAGAAAGAGGAGGCUGCCGGCAUGGCUUCGGCGUCGUCGUCGCUGCCCAAACUACCUGCCCCUCCGGAGCCUGAGAACGACAAAGGCAUUAUACCUUCGAUCAAGAGUCCGUCGUUGGAAGGGCUCGACGAUCUCACGCCGGAGAACAUCGACAUCUUCAAGCUGGAGCCUGUCGCAGCGCUGAAAUUGCUAUGUCGCAACAUCGACAACCUCGUCCAAAUGAUCGGCGAUGUCCCUCCCACGCCGCCGGCGCGGAGUCGAGGAGGGUCACCCGCUCGAAGUCUCUCGAGGCUGCGCGAGUCAAUUACAGCGGAGACUGCUGCCACGCAGACUCCCAAGAAGGAAACCACCAAGCUGCGGCCACCGGAGUCGACUUCGCAUCAGGAACAUAUCGAUGGAGUGCUCUUUGUGAAGACUCCUAUAGGCUCACCUGAAGCACACGAGCAUGAACCCACGGCGGCGGCACAUAUUAUCGGGGCCAACGCCCAGCCUCUGUAUAUUCAGCAUGGAGCUCUGGCGCGGAAGUUUUACUCAAAACGACCACCUCCCAUUUCUACCGAGGACUAUCUCAUGCGCAUGCACAAAUACUGUCCCAUGUCGACGGCGGUUUAUCUGGCGAGUUCCCUCUACAUCACGCGAUUGGCGGUACAAGAGAAGAUCUUGCCGGUCACUCCACGAAAUGUGCAUCGUUUGCUGUUGGCUACAUUGCGAGUUGCCAUGAAGGCACUCGAAGACCUCUCAUGGCCUCACGCUCGCUUUAGCAAGGUGGGCGGGGUGUCAGAGGGCGAACUAGGCCGGCUGGAAAUCACCUUUUGCUACUUGAUCGACUUCAGCUUGAAAGUGGAUGCCGAGAUGUUGCAACACGAGGCUGAGAAUCUAUGUCGGAACAACCGGUACGAGACGGUCCUGCUUGAUUAUACCCUGGGUCCGCUUGAACUGCGGAUGCCGGAAAACGGGGAUAGGAAGUCGAGAGGCGCGGAGAAAAGAAAGGCGAGCAGCACCUUGCCCAGCAGACCUGUUGUCCAAGUAGGUACAGGCAUUGAAGUGUUGGGUCAGUCGUGA